CGUAGUCAUAACGUCUAUGUUAGGCUCUCUAAAUCAGAUCAUAUUUAUCUACUGUUUUCAGGAAUUUAAGUAUAUGCCGUGUAGAUGGAAGUAACGCUCUAACCACUGUCAAUUGAUAAUUAUAUGACAUUAAGCAAUAUCAUUACUUCGUGUUCGCUUCACUACUGAACUCUAAUCGUCUUCUUACCAUCAAAUAUAUUUCGAAAUUCCCUAUACUUAUUAAAUAAACAAUCAUUUGUUUGAUUUACAAUCGUGGAGGUCACAACUGUUCAGCAAACAGAAAACGGGUCAGUUGACCAUAAGAAAGUGGUAUAUAAAUUAGGCGAUCAACCCCCACCUUUGGCUACUGAAGAAGUAGAACAAAUAAUUACCAGUCAAGGUUGUGACAAAAGUGAUAUCGUGUUAGUAGAGUCAGGUGAGUUCCUUGAGGAAGAUCACGCCGAUCGCUCUUCGAAUGAACAAGAAUUUGAGUUGGAUCAAGUUACUUGUAAACAACAAUUGAAUAUAGCUGUUAACGAAGAAACCUUAGUAUUCGACAACGACCUUCCAUCACCUCCGAUUUCAGUUUAUGAAGAGUUACAUAAAGAAGAUACUGGAGAAUUACCAGAAUUUCCUUUGACACCUUCAGUAAUUCAAGAAAAUUGUAUCAAAUCCGAAUUAUUGUCAAAUCACCAACCAGAAGCGAUACCUGAAUAUUGUACAGAUAUUAAAAUUGGACAAAUUGUAGGUGAAACUCUAGAUAAAAUAAGUGAUAAUUACUUAGUUGAACAAAUUAGUUUUUCUUCAGAUUCCAUUCCAUCUACAAAGAACUUUACAGAGGAAGACGCUAAAAAUUCACUACAAGAGCCUACUGGAGAAAAAUUGAAUAGUCAGUCCGUUGACUACUUAGAAAAAAAUAUUGAUAUAGAGGUUCGAGUCGAUGAACAGAACGAUCUCAUUGGUAUUUGCGAACUGAAAGGCAAAACAAACACUGAAGAAGAAUCAACAAAAUUACUUGACUUUGAAGAAGAAUCAAUCAGCUUAUUGAAUCCUGAAAACGAAGCAACCCAAUCAUCUUACGUAGAGAAAGAAUUUCCUGAAUUAUUUACCAGUGAGAAACAAGUUAAUAAAUCGUCUGAUCUUGACGAAGAAAUAACUAAUCCGGUUUAUAUUGAGAAAGCAACAAACGUUCCUGGUAAAUCAGAAAAUCCUCAAACUUUUCUGCCAUACAGAAAUAAAUCAUCUGUUGAGAUCUCGAAUUCCUUAACGUCUACUGAAUUUUGUUCAGAAGGCGAAGUAGUAGUAGUGGACGAGCACAGUAGAAAUAGUAGUUCUACAAUUGGCGCUGAACUACCAGACGAAACACAUUCUAGCGCUUUGUUCGUAAAGUCUGUAACAUCAUCAGUACUAAUCGAUUCUCCAAAUCACUUGACAGAUACUAAUUAUCGAAAUUCAUUUGCAUCUAGUGAAGUUGUACCAUCGAAACAUACUUUAUCAAUUGAUUCUCUAAGUGAAUCUGUGAAUAAUACUACAAAUACUAGUAACAAUAACGAUAAUUUAAAAGAAUUAACACUAAACACUUUAAAUUGUGAUACAUCAAUGAGUACUACAGUUGGUGUAUCUGAUAUUACGGCUGAUCAAUCGGAAACCAAUCGGGAAUCAUACAUUUCAUAUCCAUCGUAUGACACUGACAAUACGCCAGCUCAAAGUUCUUUUGGACAUUUAAAUCAUCUGAAUCAUGGUGAAUAUCAAAACAGAUUAAAUGGUGAAGAUGAAUAUUUACCAGGUGAUAUUAAAGAUAAUAUUAAUGGAAAUAAUAAUAGUAAUGAAGAUAUUCCCAUGAACGAUGAUCGAUCAGAGUAUACUAAUAUGAAAACAGAAGAAAGUUAUCAUGAUUCUACAUGUCCAUCGCAUUCAGAACAAGAAUUGGAUCAAGACAUUUUAAAAAAUGAACAUGGAAAAAAUGAACUGGUCGCUGAACAAAAUAUGGAAUGUUUAAAUAUUCAAAAUGUUGAAAAUCAACAAAAAUUGUCUUUUAAUCAAAUCAAAGAAGAUUUGGAGAAAAAGAACGUGAUUGGUUCCCUUCAACCACUACGACCUGAACAAUAUAUUAUGCAUCAUCAAGCUGGUUUGAUUAAACAACAAGAAAUGUUAAUUUUAAAUCCACAAACUGGCGAUGUAUUAAGUGAUCAAUAUUCAUCACAUCAUCAAACAAAUACAAUAACAACAGGUGGCACACAUCACUUCGCUAGAAAUAUAGCAUCGAAUAAUUCUGUGGUAGUUCCUACAGGAGGAAAUGUUAGUGGUCCACCAGUUGGAUCUGGAACAGUAGCAGGUCAGCAGAAAGGUUCUACUAUUUACCCUAAAACUGGUCAAAAUCCUAUCGAUGGAGGAACAAAUGGAGGUGUUGGUGCUAACAGCAGUGGAAGUGCUGGUGGUGGCCCUGGCAAAAGUGGAGCUUUAGUUGGUGGUGGUUUGGAUAGAUCUCGACAAGUAUAUAAUAUGUUUGAAUGUCAAAUGUCACAACUUACGGUAUUUCUGGAUCGUGCACUUAUAUGUAGACGUAUUAGACCACGUUUCAAUGCAUCGGACAUUACAGAAGUUGUUUUUGAGCAUUUAUCACCAGCUAUUGAUAAAGAUUCUAUUCGUGUGGAAAUCCGUGGAGCUGCAACUAUUCUAGACGUGAGCUUUUCAGCAAAAUCAUUAUCUGGUGAAGAAGAUACUUGGUCACAAUGUGUUAAUGAGCUAUUAGUUGAAUUACGCCAAUGUCGUCGUCGUGCAGAUAAUCUAGUCAAUAGAAUUAUCCGUACAGAAAAGCAACGUUGUGUUCUUGAAACAUUUGCUGACAGUUUGUCACGUCGUGAAGAUGAAAUUCUAUUAGGCGGUAAUCAUCAUGGUCAUGUGACAUUGAAUAAUUUACCAAAUCAUACAGGCGUUGCAGAUCAAGUAAAUAAUAUCCCGUCACAAGGAGCAACGUUAUCAGGAGGAACAACAUCAGCAAAUGCUCAAAUGGCCGCAACGACUGCGGAACAUAAAUGUAUAAAUGAUAUCACCAAUCCUUAUGAUCCAAGAAAUGUGGAAACGUUGCAUAAAUUUCUUGAAAUUUACAAAGAUGAAGCUGAACGAUUUGAUACAGUUUUAAUGGAUACUACUGAAGAAUUGGAACAAGUUCGUACACGAAUUGAGACAUUGGAAAAAGAAGUUCAUGAUAUAGAAUUAAAGCAAGAUGAACAUUUAGCCAGAGAAUUAAGUGUACUUGUUGAACCAAGAGAAACAGGUCAAGUUGAAAUGCUUGUUUCUUACGUGGUAAAUCGUUGUGGAUGGAAACCAGCUUAUGAUAUUCGUAUUUUUAACAAUGAUGGAACAAUGAAAAUAGUUUAUUAUGGUAUGGUUCAACAAGCUACUGGUGAAGAUUGGGAAACGCGUUAUAUGACUUUAUCGACUGCACAACCCGGUAUAGGUGGUACAGUUCCACAUUUAGGCGUACAACGAGUACAUUUUCGUAGAGAUCAUUCUCCAGCAAUCCCUAUAUCACGCAAUGCUAUAUCAUCCACAAGUGGAACAACAGGCUACAGUUCCAGUGGAAUUACAUCAACAACAACAAUACCAGCAUCAACAGGACACCAAAUCUCUGGUGCAUCUGCUACAGGAAAAAAUACUCGAUCAUGCACCAAACUAGGUGCAUUUAAACGAUCUAAUCGAACACCAGGAACAAGUUUAAAUGAAACCGAUCGUGGUGGAUCUAUGGAUAAUGAGCGUGAUGGUAUCACACCAUCUGGAACACUGCAACGUGGUGGUAGUAUUGAAAGUACUUAUGCAACUGGAUUACGUUCCUCUAGCACUAGACCUAUCAGUAGACGUACAUUAGGAUCAAGUAUGUUGUUUAACUCCGUCACCUCUCAGAGUCCUUUGUUAUCAAAUCGGAUUUCUACUUUAAUGAAUUCACAACCUCCACUAUUGCCUACACCACAACAAUCUGCACCGCCUGUCGGAACAGUUGCAACGAUACAACUGGAGGUCCCACGACCCCCGGCAAUAAUUCGGUGUGAUAAUGAACCUAACCGUGUCACUGUCGGGUUGUUAGAUUUACAACCACGUUAUGAAUACGUAACUGUGCCAAAGCGUUCUUUGUAUGCUUAUUUGAAAGCGACAGCCGUGAACAAUACAGAAUUUUCUAUCUUGGCUGGUCCAACUAACAUAUAUGCCGAUAAUACUUUUAUUGGAAAAUCUGAAAUACGUGCUGUCGCUCCAGGUGAAGAGUUUAAUUGUCACUUAGGCGCUGAGAAUGGUAUAAAAAUACUGUAUCGCCCAUUAUUCAAAUAUCGUGAAGGUACCGGUUCGAGCGGAAAAAAUGCUACAAUGACAUUUAAACAACUAAUUGAAGUACGUAAUACAUUUGAUCGUCGUGUACGUCUAAUGGUUGUUGAUCAGGUCCCAGUCAGUGCAGAGGAUAAAAUUAAAGUUAGCCUUUUAGAGCCGACAAUUAAACAUCCAGAAAAAUAUGAUAAAAAUAGACCAAUCAGAAUGAAUAAAUUCAAUAAUGUUGAAUGGGACUUGGAUCUAGGUCCAGGUGAAAUUCGUGAAUUAACACUGAAAUAUUCAGUAGAACAUCCAAUCAAUGAAGAUUUAGACGUUUCUGUUUCUGAAAACUAGAAAAAAAUAGCUACAAACUGGAGCAUAUUCAAUUGUUACAAUAUACAUUUGGGUUUUCAUUGUGGAAGGGGAAAAGGAAUCUGGGAAUUUAUCAAACUUUUUUCUUUCUGAUUUUUCUCAUUUUAUUAUUAUUAUAAUCAUUGAUUAUUGGUAAUUAAAAUAGUGAUAACAAUAAUAAUAAUGAUACUUAUUACUAUUACCAUUAUUAUUACUAUUACUAGCAUUAUUAUUGCUUAACAAUUUAUUUCAAUUUCUUUUCGGUGCUUUUUCGCAUUAUUUCUAUUGAAAUAGCUUAUGCUUCAAUAAUUUUUGUUGUUGUUGUUAUUAUUAUUUGAUACUAAGGAAUCCAGUUCGAUUGAUACUAUUCAUUUCGAAUACCCACUUCUACAUUAUACUAAAAAUAGAAUAAUAAUAAUAACUCAUUUUUAAUACCCGAAUGAUACAAGCGCACAUAUACUAACAUUAUACAAAUAAAUUGGAAUGGAACUAGUCUACAAUUGCACAACAAUAAACACAGUAACCAUGAUAGUAACUAAAUGGUAUAUUAUUGAUUUCUAAAAACAGAAAUUAUCAUCGGUGUAAUCAUUUAAUAAAUUCAUUCAGUGUUUCAAUAUGGUUAUUAAUUUUUUUUGAAUGUUCAAUUUUGUUCUAUUGUUUUACGCAUAGUACUAACAUAUUUUAUUUUAUUUUAUAUUCUUAUAUAUAUAUAAAUUAAUUUUAAAUUUU